AGCGGGCGGCGGGGAGGGCGGGGAGCAGCAGGUGCGGGAGCUGCAGAUGAGGCUGGAACAUUACCAGCAGCAGCAGCAGCAGCAGCAGCAGCAGCAGCAGCAACUCUACAGAGUCACGCCUGAAACCAAAAUACGGCUCUCACUCCACCCCGAAGCUCAGCUGCAGGCGCAGCAGCAGCAGCAGCAGCAGCAGCAGCAACAGCAACAGCAUGAAGAGAAGGAAACUGGGCUCCGCCGGCUGGCGGGGAGCGCGGGUUUGCUGCACCAGGUGUUCUGGCAGCUGCUGCUGCCGCUGCUGCGCCCCGACGCCUUCGAGGUGUAUGGACUGCAGCAGCCAAAUGGGCUGCUGCUGUGGGGCCCCCCAGGGACAGGAAAAACCUUUUUGAUGAAAGCAGUGGCUGAGGAGAUGCUGCUGCUGCAGCAGCGCAUGCAGGCUGCUGCUGCUGCUGCUGCUGCGCCGGGCAGCGCCGACGCCGCAGCAGCAGCAGCAGCAGCAGCAGCAGCAGCAGCAGAGGGGAUUGCCAACAGCAGCCCAGACGUCGAUCUUGCUGCUGCUUACUCCGAGCUGCUCUUCUCCGUGGUCUCGGGCGGCUGGCUCUCUCCCCCCAGCAGCAGCGCAGCGCCCUCCGCCGCCCAGCAGCAGCAGCAGCAGCAGCAGCAGCAGCAGCAGCAGCAGCAGCAGCAGCAGCAGGUUGUGUUUGUGCUGCCGGAAGUGCGGCUCGUGCAUGCAACUGAACUCGUGGGAUCCGCUCCCGGGGAGACAGAGGAAAACAUCCACCGCCUUUUCGAUUCCUGUUCUCGCCGCCGCGCAGAGCGCAUGCAGCAAGCAGCAGCAGCAGCAGCAGCAGCAGCAGCAGCAGCAGCAGGGACUCCACGGGUCGUGGGCGGGCGCUCGCUGCUGUUCAUAGAUGAAGUGGACUCAAUUUGUCCCCACAGACCUUCAGCAAGCGAGGUGGGGUUUGUUUUGGGGUACUUCAUUCUUUCCUUUGCUGCGGCUGCGGCCGCUGCGGCCGCCUGA